UUGUUUUACUCCCAACCCUAAUCUGCGAACACCGUUUUGGUAAAAGAAAUUCACCAACAAAUACACCCUAAUCCUGAACAAGGUAUCAUUCCUAACUUUAGAGACUGGGUUCUGAGCAAUACAUCAGUUCUUGAAGUUCUUGGAACUUGGAAGGGUGUUUAUGUUAUCGGUUGGUUGAAGAUAUGUCCUACUGGGAUCAUUGGAACAAAACACUAUUGUGCAUCCACACAGGUUCAAUAAGGCUCUCUGUGUUUUACACUGACAAAGCGGUAGAGAUCAGAUAAGACAGUAGUAAUGGGGUCGAAGAAGACUACCGAUCUCGAGGCUCUUGCUGAGCGGUUGCAGGAACAGGGUUUCUCUUCUCUCUCUACGCUGGACUUGAAGCUUUUAGGUUCCUCCCAUAUGACAUGGAAAGAAAAGAAGGCUUUGCAAAAUGAAAGGGUAGUUUCUCUCGGUGGGAAGCCUGUUAAGAAGCAAAGAGUACCACUGAGUCUUGCAAGAGUCACAAUGAAGAAACAAAAGGAAAGACAACAGAAAACGCUACAAGAGGAUAUGGUUCUCGGUCGUUUUGGGGGGAACAAAUCAAGUUCUAGUAAUAGAGCCCCAGGGAAGCGAAAGGCGGAGGAUAGUGUACUGAGGUCAACUGAUGGGUAUUUCAAAAAUGGUGUAUUGCACGUGAAGCAUCUAUUGCACAAUAAUUCUUCAAGAAGCAUGGAAAAUCGGCCAAGUCGGCCACAAGCGUUGAAUUUUGGUACUGGUACUAGUGACAAAGGAAAGAAAAAGCAAGGUGGUGGAAAGAAGAAAGGAGGUAGGAAGCACGGCAAAAAGAGGCACUAAGGAUUUUCUUUUUCAUCGGAUAUUUGGCCGUGUACGUUAAAGAACAAUGCUUUAGGUCUGAUGUUUCGUAAUCCCCGAAUAUACAUGAUUUUAGGUUUCAACUUGGACUGGAUUUUACAGUUGUGUCUGGUAUUCUUAUUAAUGGCUUUAAUGGCUUUGCGUGAAA